CACCAUCCACACAACCGAUGGUCACACCCAUUGCUUCGCAGACAGCUGUGAGACCUGCAGUGUUGCCUACAGCUCCCCCAGCCAUUUAUGCAGAUCCCUCCCAAUUCCCUGCACCACCAGCCAACAGACCUGCAGUCUCGCCCACAGACCCACCAUCUGUUUAUGCAGAUUCAUCCCAAUCAGCUGCACCUCCAGCAAUCAGACCUCCAUCACCAGCCAACAGACCUGCCGUCUCCCCCACAGACCCACCACCUGUUUAUGCAGAUCCAUCCCAAACCUCUGCACCACCAGCAAUCAUACCUCUAUCAAGAGCUAACAGACUUACAGCCUUACCCACAGCCCCACCAUCCAUCUAUGCACGUCCAUCCCAAUCCCCUGCACCACCAGCCAUCAGAUCUGCAGUCUUAGGCACAGACCCACCACCUGUUUAUGCACAUCUAUCCCAAUCGCCUGCACCACAAGCAAUCAUACCUCCAUCAACAGCGAACAUACCUACAGCCUCACCCACAGUCCUGCCAUCCAUCUAUGCAGUGGUGAACAUUGAUGGAAGCUCACCAAGGACAGAUUUAAACCCAUCCCCUGAGGCAGGUCUGGACUCUGCGCAAUGGCUAAACGCUGGGACCCCAGAGGUAAAUCUUUACAUGACGAUAGUUCAGUAUUUCUGUGUAGCCUUGGCCAAACAUUUUUGA